AUGGGUAGUUUGGUGCAUAACAAUAAUGGAAUAAGUCCAGAGCCACAUGAAGGGGAAUGGGGCAUAGAAAUCAUCGAGAAUGAGUCCCCUGUGAUGGAAAAAAAGGGGAGUAAUGGAGCCUACUUGACAUGGGAGGAUCUUGGCGUAGCUAUUCCAAGCUCAAAUUCUUUUGCAGGCAAAGAUGGAUGUAAAUCCUUACUUACAGGUGUCACUGGUUAUGCUAAACCAGGGGAGAUUGUUGCCAUUAUGGGUCCUUCUGGUUGUGGCAAGUCUACUCUCCUUGAUUCUUUGGCUGGGCGGUUGGCUUCGAACACAAGGCAGACAGGACGGAUUCUAGUUAAUGGACGUAAACGAAGGCUUACAUAUGGAACUUUGGCAUAUAUGACUCAGGAACAAGUUUUAACAUGGACUCUAACAGUGAAAGAAACAGUCUAUUACUCAGCUGAACUUCAACUGCCUAAGUUGAUGCCGAGAUCCGAGAAGAGGGAGAGAGCUGAUAGAACUAUAAGGGAGAUGGGGCUCCAAGAUUCUGUGAACACGAGAAUAGGAGGGUGGGGUUUUAAAGGACUUAGUGGUGGUCAAAAGCGGCGCGUAAGCAUCUGCUUGGAACUCUUGACACACCCCAAGCUUCUGUUGCUCGAUGAGCCUACGAGUGGUCUUGAUAGCGCAUCAUCGUACCAUGUCAUGAACCAGAUUGUAAAGCUCACUCAACAAUACGGGAUGACGGUUUUAGCAGCCAUCCAUCAACCAAGUAGUCAAGUUUUUGGACUUCUUAACAAUCUUUGUCUUCUCUCUUUGGGGAAAACAAUAUACUUUGGUCCUACUUUUGCAGCAAAUCAGUUUUUUGCAGUAAAUGGCUUUCCUUGUCCAGAUCUUCAAAGUCCUGCAGAUCACUACCUCAUAACUAUCAACACAUAUUUUGGCGAGGACAUCGUUAAUGGAGAAAUUCCUGCUGAACAUAUAAUCAACGCACUUGCUGAAUCCUACAAAUCAUCUGAGAUAUAUAUGGAAGUCCAAAGUGAAAUAGCUACUAUAUGCGGAGAGGAAGGAGAUCAAAUUGAGAGAAAAAGAAGCCUGCAAGCCAGUUUCAUUACACAGUGUUCGGUGCUCACGGAAAGAUCAUUCAAAAACAUGUACCGUGACAUCGGAUACUACUGGUUGCGACUUGGUAUAUAUAUUACCUUGGGUUUGGCAUUAGGAACACUCUUCCAUGGAAUUGGUUCUGCAUUUGGCUCCAUAAGUGCUAGGGUUUCAAUGAUCAUGUUUGUUUCAUCAUUCCUGGCCAUUUUAGCCAUUGGUGGGUUCCCCUCGUUCGUGGAGGAAAUGAAGGUUUUUCAAUGCGAAAGAUUAAACGGGCAUUAUGGGGUCGGAUCAUUUGUUAUCAGCAAUGCCAUCUCUUCAUUGCCAUACCUGCUUGUCAUAUCUUUAAUCCCAGGAACCAUAGCCUACGUGCUCAUGGGACUUCAAAGAGAACCAGGACACUUUACGUAUUUCGCAUUAGUCCUCCUUGUUUCAAUGUUAUUGGUCGAAUGUCUUAUGAUGAUCAUAGCUACCAUUGUGCCAAAUUUGCUCAUGGGCAUCAUAUCUGGUACUGGAAUCCAAGGCUUGAUGAUACUAGGUGCAGGAUUCUUUCGUUUGCCAAACGAACUACCUCAUGUCUUCUGGAGAUACCCUAUGUACUACAUUUCUUUCCACAGGUAUGCAUUAGAAGGACUGUACAAAAAUGAGUUUGAAGGGCUUAAGUUCCCCGAGUACGCAGGAGGUCCUCCGGCCAUUGAUGGUGAGAUGAUAUUGAAGGGUGUAUUGCACAUCGAGACCGGAUACUCUAAGUGGAUUGAUCUUGGAAUCUUGUUUGGUAUGGUGGUUGUAUAUAGGAUGAUGCUCUUCUGUACCAUUAAGACAACGGAGACCGCGAAGCCUAGUAUUCGAGCUUUCGUGUCUAGUUCUACUUUUCGAAACUAGAAAUGCUAACUUGUC